AGGUUUAGGGAUGUGCGUUCAGAGCAGAUUAUGAAGCAGACCUCAUCUCUGGCAGUCUCGUCAGAUUGUCUCAAUGGCUAAACACAAGCUUUUCCUGUUUUUUUCUCUGUUACUGUGUGUGUUUAUCUCCCUGUCUUUGCCCUUCGAUCAAGUGCCUGCGAUCCUGGACAGGAGCUCGGAGGUCCCACCAUAUCAAGCUGUGAGAAUUAGAACAGAUGGAGAACAUGUUGAGAGUCCAAGUGCCUCACAUGAGGAGAGUUACUCGCCUGCAGCUGAAAAUCCACUCAGAAGAAUACUGCAGCCUUUUGGAUGGCAUCUGCAUGCCCAGCCCAGAACCAAGCGGAAGUUACUACAGUCUACCAGCUCGGGACCCUAUUCCCCACUGACUGUAGCUUACAACGGCAAGAGAUGCAUCCUUUUCAAAGCGAAGAGACUGGCUAUUCGAUACAGAAACAACACUUUCCUGGACCUCACAGAGAGGGUAUUUGGACCCAAUGCACAAGUAGACACCAAAGGCUCUGUUUGUACAAAGGAGAAGGCCACGCUAUCUUUGCACUUGGGUGAUGUGGAAGACAUCAGGGGACUUGUCAUCAGGCUUCAGAUGUCCAACACAUAUUAUGAAUCAGUAGGCCAGAACUGGUUCACUCUGGACAGUGUUCACAUCCACUACAACUGGACUCAUGAGGCCACAUUCAAUGCUACGGAGGUCUAUGCCCCUGCCACCUAUUCUUACCACUGCCAGCAUGUCAGCAGCUUACAGAAAUAUGACACCCUACUGGUGCCCAGCUCCCACACUGACAGCUCGGCAAACUGGCACAUCACUUUCACAGAUUUUCAGAUCCAGGCCUUUAAUGUCCAGUCCAACAAGUUUGCUUCAGCAAGCGACUGUGCAACCUUCUUCACUCCAGCAAUCUUGAUGGGCCUGAUCACCUCUCUGAUUCUGCUGCUGGUGUUGGCCUACGCCCUGCACAUGGUCGUCCACCUCAAGCACAUUGACCGUUACGAAGAGCACAAGACCACCGUCUACUUCCCCCGCACCCCCGAGGCCGAGCUCCCAGACAAGAACAGCGUGUGAGAAGCGACGACGGUGCUGUAAAACCAGCAAAAGACCAGUGUGGAAAGGAUUGCUAGUUCCGAUUCUGGAUGGCUGCGUUGUCCUCUUGGUCUUCCUCCUGCCUGGCACUAAAUCCUCUACUUAUCAUUGUCUUAACCUAACUUCUUACAGUCAGAGGAUGAGAUUACCUGAUCAAUCAGGUGUUAAAACCCAGGCUGGAGCCAAAACCUGGACAGAUCACUGCUUUCCAGGACCAGGACUGGGAAGCCUAUGAAAUGGGGACAAAAAAUGUGAAGAUUGCCUUUUAAUAGACCACCAUUCUGGCGGACUUUUCAAAGCACUUCUCUGACUGGAUACAAGUACUGUGGUUAGAAAUAUACAAAUUGACAAUGCGGCGGUGGCAGAAGAGAAAAGACUGUGAAACAGAAAUGACUGUGGUUUGAUAUGGAAGUCUUCUGGGUUUUUUAUUUACAGUACUUCAUAAAUCACCAUCUCAUGCAUCAGAAAUGGAGUCCGUAGACUGAUCUGCCAAUUACAAGAACUGUUUUAUGACUGCCAAAG